UCGUGCCCUCACCCUGCUCCGAAAGAAGUAUUGGUUUUCUGCUGUGGAUACCGGCGUAAGACACAGGAUAGUCAACAUGUCCAAGUCAGGAUCUCCUAAGGUGCCAGAACAGCAGCGGAAGCUCUUCGUUGGAGGUCUGAGCUUAGAAACAACAGAUAAGAGUCUGCGAAGCCAUUUUGCAAAAUGGGGAAAGGUCAUAGACUGUGUGGUAAUAAGAGAUCCCAACACCCAGCGGUCCAGAGGCUUUGGGUUUAUCACUUAUGCCACGAUGGAGGAGAUGGAUGAAGCCAUGAAGGCAAAACCACACAAGGUGGAUGGCAGAGUUGUGGAGCCAAAGAAGGCGGUGCCAAAGGAAGAGUAUCAAAGACCCAGUGCUCCCGCGACUGUGAAAAAGAUAUUCAUUGGUGGCAUCAGAGGAAACACUGAUGAACAUCACUUAAGGGAUUAUUUUCAGCAGUAUGGGGAAAUUCAAAGAAUUACAGUCAUGACUGAUCCAGGCACUGGCAGGAGGAGAGGCUUUGCUUUUGUCAGCUUUGACGACCAUGCUUCUGUAAACAAGAUUCUCGCUCAGCAACAACACAUUGUGAACGGCCACAAGUGCACAGUACGGAAAGCCCUACCUAAGCAAGGGCUGGCCGGUGCUCCCCCCAGCCAGAGGGGCGGGGCUGGUCCUGGAGAUGGUGCCGGUCGUCGUGGAGGUGGUUUUGGUAGGAAUGACAACUGUGGUCGUGGAGGACAGUUUAGUGGUCGAGUCUGACCACAAUUCUGAACAGAUUGCAAAACAAGAAAAUAAAGUGUUUUUGGAAGACUGCUUGUCUUUCUCGCUGUAUCCCUGAAGAGUCCAAUAAUCUACCUCUGGAGAGGUGACACCAGAAACCCUGGACUUAGGGGUGGUGUGGGGGAACCAAAGUUGUACCUUCUAAAAUUCCUAAAGAAUAAAG